AUGUGGUGGAAUGGUCCACAAUUCCUUCAAACGUUCAAUUACGAGAUCCAGGAGACUCCGGUGAUUCAAGACGACGAGUUACCGGAAAUAAGGAAGACUAAAGUGUGUAACACUGCUGUGGAAGUUGAGGACGAAGCAUUGUUCGAACGAUGUGGCUCAUUUUCCAAGUUGCAGCGUAUACUGGCGCAAGUGGUGAGAUUCACUCGACUGACACGAAUGGUAAAGGAGGAACGUAAAAAUUGUCGGUUCAUCUCCGUACAAGAUAUGCGAAAAGCGUUGGAGUGCAUAGUGCGAAUUCUACAGAAAAACCAUUUAAGCGAAGAGAUCCAGUGCGUUCGAAGCAAGGAGUUGUCGAAGCGACUCGCGAGUCUUCAGCCGUUCUUAGACGAAAAGGGUUUUCUACGCGUCGGUGGACGUCUACAAAACUCUAAUCUACCGUUUGAAGCCAAGCACCAGUUACUUCUUCCACGUAAUCAUCGAGUGACGGAGAUGCUGAUUCGUCAAUAUCAUGAGGAGAGAUUCCAUGAGGGACCAUCCGGUUUGCUGGCAGCGAUAAGGCAGAAGUACUGGUUGGUCAAUGCUCGAUCCGCCAUUCGGAAGGUGACCCGCAGCUGCGUGAAGUGUUCCCGAGUCAAGCCGAGAAGGGUACAGCCGUUAAUGGGGAAUCUUCCGGAAGAACGUGUGAAUGCAGCAGCGGCGUUCGAACUCACUGGUGUGGAUUACGCCGGUCCCGUGGUAGUGAAGGAAGGAAGGUAUAAACCGAAACACGUAAAGGCAUACAUAGCUCUGUUUGUGUGUCUUGCAACGAAAUCGAUUCACCUAGAACUAGUGUCUGACUUGACAACGGAAGCUUUCCUCGCUGCUUUGGAUCGUUUUGUAAAUCGACGUGGGAUGGUUCGCAAAAUGAUGUCGGACAACGCAACUAAUUUUGUUGGAGCCUCAAAGGAACUUCACAAACUGUUCAUGAUGUUCCGCGACGAGAUCGAAAAGGCGAAAAUCAACAAUUUCCUGCUUCAACGAGAGAUAGAGUGGGAAUUGAUUCCACCCCGAUCACCGAAUUUCGGGAGUUUAUGGGAGGCAGGAGUAAAGGUUGUCAAGUCCCACCUCCAUCGGGCUUUAGGCAACGCAAUUUUAACGUUUGAAGAGUUCGGAACGGUUUUGACCCACGUUGAAGCUAUUGUCAAUUCAAGGCCAUUAUAUGCACUGUCUGAUGACCCAAAUGAACCGCUUCCGAUAACUCCUGCACAUUUAAUGAUUGGAAGACCGUUAGAACCAAUUUUGAAGCCAUCGUAUUCCGAAGUAGCUGUGAACCGUCUGUCCCGCCACCAGUAUCUUAAUUAUUUGCGUGAUCAGUUUUGGUCAAAGUGGUUGCGUAACUAUCUGUCAUCACUCCAAUCUAGGGCAAAGUGGACAAAAAAUGAACCUAAUGUGAAAAUAGGCACCAUAGUGCUACUAAUGGAAGACAAUCAACCAGUUCAAUCGUGGAGGUUAGGUCGAAUCGUAGCAGUUUACCCAGGAAAGGACAAUACAAUUAGAAUCGCCGACGUGCAUCGGGAGUUUUUAGACGAACUAUCCGCAACUUGGCCCCUCUACCUAUCGCCGACAAUGACGAUCCGACGAUUUCUGCUUUGGAAUUAG